UGAGCUUGAAGGCACCACUCCUCUUCAGGACAACUCUAGCAGUUUCCUGUAUUGCCCUCUCUGCAUUCUUCUCACCUCUGCAUCCAUCCAUCAUGUCGGUCUAUCUUCAUUCGUCAACCAGUUCAGUUCCCAGGACUGUGACCUCAAAGUCCAUUAUCACCAAGACUCAGGGUAGUUCGAUGGCCUCUCCACAGAAAGCCUACAGCGUCUAUGGAGGUAGUCUGGGAGGAACCACACGCAUCUCCUCCUACAGAGUUGGUGGAGGAUAUGGUGGAGGAUACGGUUUUGGUGGAGGACACGGAGGAGGAUACGGUGCUGGAUUCUUGGUUGGAGGUGACAGUGAUUUGGUCAGGCUGAAUGAGAAGGCCACCAUGCAGAACCUGAACGACCGUCUGGCGUCCUAUCUGGAGAAGGUGCGCUCGCUGGAGGCUGCCAAUGCCACUUUGGAGAGGCAGAUCCGUGAGUACUAUGAGAAGAAGGGGCCGAUCGCACAGAGAGACUACAGCCACUACUGGAACACCAUCAAUGACCUGAAGGACAAGAUUAAAAAUGCUACCAUCAACAAUGCCAGCAUCCUCCUGCAGUUCGACAACUCUAAACUGGCUGUCGAUGACUUCAGAAUAAAGUAUGAGCACGAAUUGGUAAUGCGUCAGACUGUGGAGGCUGACAUCGCUAACCUGCGCCGCUUGCUGGACCAGACAACCCUGACAAAGGCCGACCUGGAGAUGCAGAUCGAGAAUCUGCAGGAUGAGCUGGCGUUUAUGAAGAAGAACCACCAGGAGGACUUAGCUGCGCUGAGGUCACAGCUGACAGGCACAGUGAACGUAGAGGUGGAUGCUGCUCCUCAGCAAGACCUGAACAGAGUUCUGGAUGAGAUUCGUGCUCAUUACGAGAACAUCAUACAGAAACACCGCAGGGAACAGGAAGACUGGUUUAAAGACAAGACGACAGUGUUGCACAAAGAAGUGUCCAUCAGCACAGAGACCAUACAAACAACCAAGACACAGAUCACAGAUCUACGACGCACCUUACAGAGUCUGGAGAUUGAGCUACAGUCUCAACUCAGCAUGAAAGGGGCACUGGAGAACUCACUGGCAGACACAGAGGCUAGGUACAGCGCUAUGCUAGCAGGCUACCAGAACCAGAUUGACACGCUGGAGGCUGAGCUUAGUCAUAUGCGGGCUAGCAUUGAGCAGCAGGGACGUGAUUAUGCCUUAUUGUUGGACAUCAAGAGCCGCCUGGAGCAGGAGAUCGCCACCUACAGGAGCCUCCUGGAAAAUCAGGACAUCAAGACUCAAAUACCAGGUAAUUAAAGUCUUUCUUUGCAUACUGCAGUGGAUUUUUCUGUUGCAGGUAUUGCAGUGAAUGCUGUAAAGUGUUUUUGCAUUACUGACUCUCUCUCUCUGUCUGCUUCCGGUGGAACUGUCACCAUCAGCCAAGGUGGAACAACAACAACAACAAUCCACAAGACACAGCAUACCUUCUAAAUGCUAAAUGCACAUCACACUGCUUUAUGAGAAAACACACAGACAGUACAUUUGGUUCUGAAUGCAUACUGAGAACAAGUGUAACUGAAAGAUAAACAGAUCAUACUCUUAUUUGUGCGUGAUAAACCUGUCUCUGACAAUAAAGCUGCUUUUGUGAAUUA